AUGACCACCAAGAGUAAUAGUUAUCGCAGAUCAUCUUACAAUUAUCAAUGUCCUGCUACUAAUAAUAUACAAACGCACAACAUCAAAUUUUACAAACACCAAAUCAAAACCACAGUAACUAAAUAUCCAAAUGUUGUUUCUGAAUGGAUCUAUAACAUCGAAAAGUCCUACCACCGUCACUUGAAACGGCUCAUAGUUAGGCUUGACACUGAGUGGCAAAUUCGUUAUAACGGUGGUAACGAAAGUAAAGUUGCCAUCAUGCAAAUAUGUGUAGGAAGUCAUUGUCUCAUCUUCCAAAUCAUCCAUUCUUCAUACAUUCCACCUUCCCUUAUCAACUUCAUGAAUAACCAUAACUACACUUUCACUGGGGUAGGUGUUCGUGAUGAUCUUAACAAACUAAAAAACGAAUAUGGGAUCGGAUACAAUGCACAACUGACGGAUCUAAGGACUUUGGCUGAGAAAAUAUAUGGGUCGGGUGCAAAAUAUUGGGGAUUGAAAAGGUUGACGAAUAUUGUACUUGAAUACGAUAGUCAGAAACCAAAACGUAUCACCCUGAGUCCUUGGGCAAAAUAUAAGUUGUCGUAUGAGCAAGUAGAGUAUGCAUGUUGCAUUCGUCUCAUUUGA